UCCUUCGUCAUCUCUAUCUUUGCUAUCUUCCUUGGAAACUCCGACUUGGCCGUCAAGAUCAUCCAAUGCUUACCUUUUUCUGGUGUCUUUGAACCAGUCCUCUAUAACACAUCAGAUACUUUUAUACCUCAGUAUUCUUUCACUUCCUUUCUUGGCCUGCUAUUUGAAAACAUCGCAGUUGUCGUAGCUCAGUGCUCGGAUACUGCUCCUAUUAGAGAACCUCUUACUGUUCCUUACAUGAUUCCAUUCUUCGGGCGAACAGUUGACUCGACUAUUAACAUUCAAAAGUUCUUCCAUGGGUUGAACGACCAAACUGUCUAUGGGGCCAAGAUAUUUGGGUACAAGGUUUUCUUUAUCCAAGGCCCUGAGAUGAUCUUAGCUCUCUGGAAAAUCAAAACAAAGAAACAAUCACAGCGCCAGUUUAUCAAGUAUGAGUCUUGA